AUGUCAAGUCUUCCUCUACUUCUUCCUGCUAGUGUAACAGCAAAGCCAAUAUCCACACCUCAUCUUGAUUGGCAACCAAAGAGAUACCUUUCAGAGCCGCAACCUCCACCUCAAGAUGAAGGCAAGAUACUCGAAGCUGAGCUAGCAAACGCGCGGCAGAUGAUUGACGGGAAGCUCAUCAAGAAAACGCGCCCAAGACGGACGGUGGACUACAAUGGUGGUGUGGGGAGAUGGAACCUGUUGCGUAAACUACGACCUAAUCCAUAUUUUACGCCCCAAAUGAGACCGAGUCCACCUUACAUUAUCGACCUUCUACCACCAAAAGCGUAUCCCGAAAACCCCUCGACCUCACUAUGCACAAAAUUCGUGCACACAUCCACGAACAAAAUCCGAUGUCCCGUAAAUGUUGUCCUGUGGACCCCCGAGUCGCGACGUAUCCUCACCGGGUCAACAAGCGGCGAAUUCACGCUAUGGAACGGCCUCACAUUCAACUUCGAGACAAUCCUACAAGCCCACGACACCGCAAUAUGCGCCAUGAAGUUCACCCAUGCCGGCGCGUACUUGGUUUCUGCAGACAAGAGCGGUGUCAUCAAGUACUUCGAGCCCAACAUGAACAAUUUGACUGCGUGGCAAGGCUCAUCUUCACGAGAAGCUAUCCGAGGGAUCAGUUUCAGCUCGGACGACAGACGUUUUGCGACGGCGAGUGAUGAUUCAAGUGUGCGGAUAUGGUCUUUCGCCGAAAGCAGAGUGGAGAGCGUCCUGACAGGCCAUGGAUGGGAUGUAAAAUGCGUCGAGUGGCAUCCAACGAAAGGCCUACUCGUGUCUGGAAGCAAAGACAACCAGAUCAAAUUCUGGGACCCUCGAACAGGAACAGUGCUAUCUACUCUACAUCAACACAAGAACACUAUCCAAGCGCUCUCGUGGUCACCAAACGGUAACCUUGUUGCGAGUGCUUCAAGAGAUCAGACUGUACGCGUAUUCGACAUCAGGGCAAUGAAAGAAUUCCGUAUCCUUAAAGGGCACAAAAAGGAAGUCUGCUCUGUUGCCUGGCACCCCGUGCACCCAAUCCUCGUCUCCGGAGGCUCAGAAGGGGCUAUCCUGCACUGGGACCUCUCAACACCCGACGGUGACGAAUUUACCCAACCCGUAGCCGCACCACGAGCCACCCUCUCCCAAGCACACGACUCGAACGUCUGGUCGCUCGCCUACCACCCCUUCGGGCACAUCCUGGCAGCGGUUCGAAUGACUACACGACGCGCUUCUGGAGUCGCGAGCGGCCUGGGGACGUCACAUCCGUAUUCUCAGGAGGAGGAUGAGGAAGAGGAGGCGAUGGUACCUGGGUUCGGAUUUGCUGGUGCCGGUGGGGGUGCCGAUGCCGGUGCAGGCGCGAACGGGCCAUCGUGGUGGGGUAAAGAGGAAGGUGGGGGUGAGUCCUCCAGAAGGGCUGGUGGAUUCGGCGAGCACCCGGAGUCGGACGACUUCAUUCCUGGGUUCGGUGUUUCUCCUGAGGCGUCAAGGCAGAACGGGCAUUCGGGCUCAGGACACCAUGAUAUGUAUGGGCAUGACGAGAAGGAUGAGUUCGGAAGGGAUAGGGACUUUGGACGUUCUGGUGGUGAUGGAGGAAAUGAUGAUUGGAGACGAGGGGGUGGCGGAGGGGGUGGUUAUAAUCGAGGUGCUCGCUACGGACCUCGAAGAGGGCGCUAUUGA